AUGCUUCGAGAGGAAGUAGCAGUAUCUACUCGGACACUACAAUGGAAGUGUGUUGAAUCUAGAGCAGACAGUAAGCGUCUUUAUUAUGGCCGUUUUAUUUUGUCUCCGCUUCUGAAGGGUCAAGCCGAUACAAUAGGCAUCGCGAUGCGAAGGGCUUUGCUUGGAGAAAUAGAAGGAACAUGUAUCACACGUGCAAAAUCUGACAAAAUACCACAUGAGUAUUCUACUAUAGUAGGUAUUGAAGAAUCCGUACAUGAAAUUUUAAUGAAUUUGAAAGAAAUUGUAUUAAGAAGUAAUCUAUAUGGAACUCGCGACGCAUCCAUUUGCGUCAGGGGUCCUGGAUACGUAACUGCUCAAGACAUCAUCUCACCGCCUUCUGUGGAAAUUGUUGAUACUACACAGCAUAUAGCUAGCCUAACGGAACCCAUGGAUUUGUGUAUUGGACUACAAAUCGAGAGGAAUCGUGGAUAUCGUAUGAAAACACCAAAUAAUGCACAAGAUGGAAGUUUUACUAUAGAUGCAGUAUUCAUGCCUGUUCGAAAUGCGAAUCAUAGUAUUCAUUCUUAUGGGAAUGGAAAUGAAAAACAAGAAAUACUUUUUCUAGAAAUAUGGACGAAUGGAAGUUUAACUCCUAAAGAAGCACUUCACGAGGCUUCCCGUAAUUUGAUCGAUUUAUUUAUACCCUUUCUACAUGCGGAAGAACGUGACACAAAUUUAGAGGACAAUCAAAACAUAGUUACUAUACCCUUUUUUACCUUUCAGAAUAAAUUGGAUAAACUAAGCAAAAGCAAAAAAGAUAUAGCAUUGAAAUGUAUUUUUAUUGACCAAUCAGAAUUGUCUCCCAGGAUCUAUAAUUGUCUCAAAAGGUCCAAUAUAUAUACAUUAUUAGACCUCUUGAAUAAGAGUCAAGAAGAUCUUAUGAAAAUAGAUCAUUUUCGCAUAGAAGAUGUAAAACAGAUAUUAGAUAUUCUACAAAAGCGUUUCGCAAUUGAUUUACCAAAGAACAAGUUUUCUUUUUUGAAUCCAUUGGAAUGA